AAAAACACGUUUUCGUAUGUUUGCCUUUGCUCGUCAGUCGUUACGGUCUACGUUUCCCACUCUGCAAUCUUCGUAUUGUCAUUUUGCUUUUGUCAAGUUUGUCAUUCGCUCGUUGGCCGUUGCUGUCUUCCCACGUACAGCGUCGCAUUUAAAUUCCUUUAAGAUUUCAUUUUAUUUUUCUUCGCAUUUAUCGAGUACUAUACACCAUCGCUAUCAUGCCAAGCCCAAUUAAAAAAGUACGUAAAUUCUCCAACGAAGACGUUUUGGCUUUCUCCAAACUCUCCGAACACGGUUUCGCGCCGACCAAAGGUAGUGAACAUGCGGCUGGUUAUGAUCUGAGAAGUGCUUAUCCAUAUGUUGUGAAAGCCCAUGGUAAAGAGCUUAUUAAAACCGACAUUCAGAUUAAAGUGCCACAAGGUACUUAUGGCCGUGUUGCCCCACGUUCUGGUCUUGCUUGGAAAAAUUUCAUUGAUGUUGGUGCGGGCGUAAUUGACAGUGACUAUAGAGGAAAUGUUGGUGUUAUAUUAUACAAUCAUUCUGAUGAGGACUUCACAGUUAAUAAAGGCGAUAGAGUUGCUCAACUUAUUUGUGAAAAGAUAGUCUAUCCAGAAGUAGUAGAGUUUGAGACAUUGGAUGAGACUGAACGAGGUGAAGGUGGUUUUGGAUCUACUGGUACUAAUUGAAAUACUAAUGUAAUUAUGUAUCCUGUCGUGAUUUUUUUUUAAAAUUUUUAUUAACUUUUUGUGAUAUCUUUUUUUUUUAAGAAACAUUGUAACACAAGAUCCUUGUAUAGUUAAGUUAGCCAUAAACAUUAGGUAUUUUACAAGUCUGUAAAUUAAUGAAAAAGGGUGUAAUUUUUUUUUAUUAUUUUAUUUACAACAUUUAUUUAUAA